AUGUCCAAAAUACUUUUCGUGGCCUUGAGCUUCGGGCUCUUGGCUCUGGCUGCGGGUGACCAUCCCCUCUCAUGGUACAGGGAGUUCCAAGAAAGCGAAUAUGAUGAGGUUCCCGCCACGAGAAACGAUGAACGCGCCUACAGGCUACCUAUGACCGUAGUGCCUUUAGAUUACGAUAUUUACCUCGAUCUAUUCUUCGAUGAAAGGACUGAUAGACCCUUCAGCUAUGAUGGAUAUGUUGACAUUGUCAUCCAGGCCAAAGCCGAGAACGUCACACAAAUUGUAUUACAUGCCAACGUCGAUACAAUUGGUGAAGUAAAGCUUAAAAACCUUGCUGGAGCCGAAGUUGACUUGAGGCCACGUGAGACCGAAACUUUAUACCAUUUUUUGAAAGUCAAUGUAGUGAAUCCUUUGACCCCUAAUGUGAAUUACACUUUACACAUCGAAUAUUCUAGUACAAUGAAUGAAGGUCCUAUGAAGCGAGGCAUUUGGAGAGGAUGGUACACAGAUGAAAACAAGGUGGAAAGGAUCUAUGCCACGACACACUUCCAGCCAUACAAUGCAAGGCAAGCGUUCCCAUGCUGGGACGAGCCCUUCUUUAAAGCCGUAUUCAAGGUGCACAUUUCAAGACCAUCUGGUUACAUUGGUGUUUUCUCCAAUACCGUUAAUACUGGCAAUGUUACAUUACCCAACAAUCGUGUUAGGACUGACUUCGCUGCCACACCUGUAAUGUCUUCGUACCUGGUAACUUUCCUUGUCAGUGAGACUUUCCAAGUGAUAGCCGAAGACACGUCCUUCAAACCACCAAUCAGGAUCAUCGGUAGAUCGAACACUGAUGGUCUAGCUGACCACGUGUUGGAACUCGCCGUCAAAAUGACAGAAUUUUUCGACAAUUACUUCGGUAUCCCAUACGCAACACUCCACCCUAAUUUGUUGAAUGACCACGUUUCGUCUCCUGACUGGGCUUCAGCUGGCACUGAGAACUGGGGUAUGGUUAGCUACAGAGAACUGUACAUGAUAAUUAAUAAAAAUGAGACAAUCAUGUCGAUCGAACAUUACGCUGCCACGCUCGUCUCCCAUGAGCUCGCCCACAAAUGGUUUGGCAAUCUGAUCACGUGUUACUGGUGGAGUAACACUUGGAUCAACGAGGGAUAUGCCAGUUACUUUGGCUACAUCGCAACUCAUGCUAUGUUUCCUGAAUAUGAGCUCCCUGAUCACUUCAAUAAUCGUUACCUUCAAACAUCACUGGCUUUCGACUCAAGUCGUACUACAGUACCCCUCAACCAUGAAGUGAACACCCCUCUCCAAGUGACCGGACAUUUUGGUACCAUCAGCUACUCCAAAGCCGCCUCCUUCCUCAGAAUGACAGCCAAUAUCAUGUCAUUGGAAACUUUCCAGAAGUCUUGCCGAUUGUUCUUGUUGGAAAAUCCUUUCAAACCCACUGAUCAGUUUGAUCUCUUGAAAGCUAUGAACGAUGCUAUUCUUGAUGACAACAGCUUGGCAAACUAUGCUGGCUUCAAUUUCUCUGAUUACUAUCGCAUCUGGGUCAAUGAACCCGGGUACCCUAUUUUGACUGUUAGUAUUGAUUACGAUACAGGAUAUAUGGACCUCAAGCAGGAGCGAUUCUUCUUGAAUCCAACUGAGCUGACAACUGAACAGGUGUAUCCUAUUCCAAUAACUUAUACAACAAGCAGUAAUGCUGACUUCUCCAACUUAAGACCGUCACAAAUGAUGACUACUGAUAGCACCAGAAUCGAAAAAUCCCCCGGAGAAGAAUGGGUCAUAUUCAACAUCCAACAACAAGGUCACUACCGAGUUAAUUAUGAUAAAAGGAAUUGGGAAUUAAUAAGUGACGCUCUACUUAACAAUCCGAACAGUAUUCACUACUUAAACAGAGCCCAGAUCGUGGAUGAUGUGUUCGCUUUGAUGAGGUCUGAGAGAAUCACCAUAGAGUUUGCCCUGCACAUCUUGAAGUUCUUAGCUAAGGAAACCAACAACCACGUUUGGGAGCCUGCCAUCAGUGGUUUCAAUUGGUUGAGAGCCAGGAUCAGGCAUAUACCUGAAAAGCAAGCCGAGUUUGAUGCGUACGUCCUAGCUCAAAUGGAGCAUGCCAUCACAACUUUAGGAUUUGAACCAAAAGAGGGAGAGACUCCCACCGUCACGAUGGCUAGGCAGAGCAUCUUACACUUCGCAUGCUUACUGGGCCAUGAAAAAUGUAUCCAGGAAUCUUGGGACCGAUUCUCUAAUUGGAGAAUCAAUAACAUACCGGUCAACUCUCGUGUUCGCCGCAACGUCUAUGUGACAGGAAUGAGGGAAGGAGACAGAGAAGACUUCGACUUUUUACUCUCUAAAUUCAGAGAUUCGAACUACGCCAAUGAUCAAUUAGAAAUGCUCAGAGGAUUGGGAGCUACUAAGGACCCUGAAUUAUUGACCAGAUUUUUACAACUAACACUAACCAAAGAGGUGAGGUCCCAUGACAAACUAAACACGUUCAACUACGCCCUCCUUGGUAACCAGGAGAAUUACAAGACUGUUAUGCAGUUUGUCAAAGACAAUAUUAACGCAAUAAGAACUGAGUAUGUUGAAGAUUCUCCAGCUCGACCAGUGCAUAGUGCCUUAUCCAACCUUGCUGGGUACAUGGAUGAACCUGCAUUAGUUGAAUAUGAAUCAUGGUUAAAUGGGCAGCCAAAUCUUCCUCAGCUCGCAACGAUAAAGAGUUCUAUUGAAUCUGCCCGUACUAACAUGGCUUGGGGCACAGCAAACGUUGACAGAAUCAUCGCUGCCACAAGAAGUAGUGCAACAACUACUGUGACGUCACUGUUCAUGUUAGUCGCCAUGACAGUCUUUCUACAGAUUGUUUAG